AUGAACUCAGAAACCACUCAGGCUCUCUCACCCGACGCAGCUCUCCCUCCCCCGGCACCAUCUCAAGUCGAUAUCGAACGCACGGUCUCGGACCUCCACGACUCUAAACACACCUCCUCCUUCUCCCUCAAAUAUCAGCCAGUACUCUCUCAGCCGCCGAGCUUACUUCGAACACGGCGCUCUAAUCCUGCUAAACCUACGAAAAUUCGCGAGGGUCUCCAGGAUCAAUCAGCCCCAUCUCCGCCCACCCGCGAUUACCCCUCCUCAUCAACUACAGCCCUCUUAACGACUUCCGAUCCGAGGCUUCCUCAACCACGAUACCCCCUGGCACCGAUACCUCUAUCCUCUUCUCAAGAUCAAUCCCUUGCCAGAACCCCCAAAACCCACCCCCUUCACAAAAUACCCCGUCCAAAAGUGUACAGAAAACACAUAGAAAGAAAAAAGCUCACCUGCCCUCGCUCCCUACUCCCUCGACCGACUAAACGCCCAGCGCCCUCCAUCUCUCCACUCGGAGCAUUUCCCUCACGUCCUCUUACUCUCCCCAUCCGCUCUCCACCUCGUCUCCGAGCUCCCCCCGUUCUACCUCACUCUCGGUUCCCCCCCUCCUUCUCGGCCGUCUUCCUCUUCAUCUCACUCCGUCCUCGUAUAAUCCUCCCUCCCAAACCUCUCCAAUACUCUGUCCUAUCACCUCUCUCGACUCAACAUCAAGAUCCUCCUUCAGCUCAACCAACACUCUACUCUCCGUCGAUUAUCCCUCCCUUCCACUCCAGCCUCCAUUCAUCUUCAUCUCACAAUGUCUGGAAUCGCAAGAUCCUCCAUCACCUCAACGUCCGAACGCGACACGUCUCACCAUCAACUAGGCCAGCGGGCAACAUCCGACCCACAACGUCGAUCGCCAGGGUGAACCUUCACACUCACAUACAUGCGCUCCCACCAAUCCAGAGCACUCCGCACAAUCGACACCCAGCCCAAGCCCAACUUAACCUCGUCCUGCAGACCUCACUUCAACACCACCUGGAUCGCCCUCUCAAAGGCCAACCUCAUCCCUCAGACUCAAAUACUCAAACCGACCACAUAAAGGAGAAAUCCAUCACACACCACGUCACACCCGUCAAUCUCGGUCUAACACUCAAUCUCGGCUCAGACACCCGCUCAAACCACCAGGCCCCCGCUUCUUCCAUGCUCUACUCUCUCAGUACCACCAUUCUCAGAAAUCUCUCUCUCGCCUAUGUCCUCCCUCAGCUACCGAAAUCACCUCACUCACUCUCGGAUCUCCACCCUUCCCCCCGCAGAAGCCGGCCUCUCCUCGCGUCCCCGAGAUACCCCGUGCACAUCAUGAGUACCCUCGCCUCUCGUCUCGCCAUCCUCAAGUCCAUGAACUCCCGUCUCGGGGCGACCUACAAAAUCACUCGGUCAGAAACCUCAGUCGACUCCACGGAAUACCAGUGCUCCAUCCUCAAUCCAAAAGACACGAGCUACAGAGAUACCCUCUUCAUCGCGGACCAACGCCCUCAUAGUCCCCAACUCACGAGUCCUCGGCAGCCGAAUCGAGAUAACUCGGUCGUCAUGACCUCACCCCCCAGACCCCUCGAUCCCCUCUUUCUCGUCUCCUCCGCUCGGCCAUCAACACCGAGGCCCUAG